GGGUGGCGCCAAAGCUUGACAACAAAGCGGCUGUGCAACGGACAGUCAGCCUCCGAGUAAACCAAACCUCUGCUGUGUGUAACCUUUUUGUGUCCUCUAGUAAGUUGUGAGUCCCGCGGAGGUGUAAAGAGGAGUUUGGCAGUUUGAAUAAACGUUUGAGAAGUUUGCCGUCAGAGCUGUCAAAUGUCGUCAUGGCUUCGAAGACAGACCAACUUCUCAUCGUUGUGUCCAUCCUGGAAGGUCGCCACUUCCCAAAGAGUCCCCGGCUCAGUCUGGUGGUCCAGGCGAGCUUCGAUGGCGAGCAGCUGGCCACAGACCCCGUAGAGCACAGAGAUCAGCCACAGUUCAGCACUGAGCUGGCCUGGGAGCUCGACCGUAGGACGCUGCACCAACACAGACUGCAGAGAACUCCCAUCAAGCUUCAGUGUUUUGCUGUUGACUCUGUGAGUAAGAGGAGAGAGAGUGUCGGCUACAUCGUCUUGGACCUCCGAUCUGUACAAGAGGUCCGACAGGAGCCUCGCUGGUAUCCGCUGCUGAGCAGUAAAUACACCAAGCAGAGACCAGCGCUCCUCCUCAGCAUGGUGCUAGAGAACGACACCAAGCCCUCCGAACCCUCUCCUGAUAGGUUCAAAGCCAAGAAGGCCCCGCCCCGACAGGGUUCUCCUUCAGUGACUGACCUGCUUCCAGACAACCUGGAUGCCACACUGAUCCCAGACCAGGGUUACCAUCAAGUCGGACCUGCAGAACACUGCUCUGACAUGUUCAUCCUGUCCGUCACUGUGGCCUUUGCUACCAAAUUAGAACAGUUGAUCCCCAGCACUAAGAAACUCUCAGCGGAGGGGUCAGAGUUCUUCUUCUACUACUCUUUACUGGGGAACGACAUCACCAGUGAGCCUUUCAACAACCUGCUGAGCCCUGACUUCGAGCCGGAGCGCGCCUCUGUGCGCAUCCGCAGCAGCAAACAGAUCAUCCAGGCCUUUCUCUCUCAGCAGCCCAGUUUACAGAUUCACCUGUGCUGUGGGAAUCACUCUCUGGGCAGCACAGAUGUUUCUCUCUCAGCUCUGUCUGCUGUUUCUGUGGAUCUGGAGAACAAGGCAGCAACGGUGGAGGGAGCAUUUGUACUCCAACCUCCUAAACGCAUCAAACAGACGCUGCCGGCUCUGCCCGCCGACUUGCAGCCGACUGUAGGGGUGGCUGUUACCCUGAGGAGGGAGGAGGUCGCACCACAGUCUUUAGGGAAUAAAGGAAGUGGAGCUCAGACACACUCCAACCCUCCUCCUCCUUCUGUCCCUCCCUCUGUUCGUACUGCUGAACAGAGACCUCGAAGCUCCUCUCCAGUCCGAAAACCUCCUGCCUCUUCUCCUCUGGGUCCUCCCCUUCCUCCUCCUUCCUCUCAUACAGAGAGUGAAGCAGACAGUCUGCUGGAGGAGUUUCAACAAGGCAAAGAGCAGGCAGGACUGGCAGCUGCAGAUUUGGAGGUUCCUGUGCAGCUGCACACUCAGACUGAAGCUACAGCAGAGGGUGGAGCAUCAUCUGUCAGUGUGUCUGCUCCUAAAGUGUCCAUCCCCUCCUCCGCCCAUCACUACUGCUUCUCUCUGGACCUCCACAGCCUGGGAAGCCUCAGCCUGACCCAUCCCAUCGCUGCUACGCUCAGAUAUUCUUAUCAGUUCUUCGGCAGUCCAGCUCCCAUCAUGACCAACCCUCCUGUGGAGCUGCAGAGGAACAUGGAGGCGUCUCUGCCUCAGUCCUACUGUGCCUUUGACUUUGCAGCUCUACCACAGCAACUACAGGACACCUUCCUCAGAGUUCCUCUGGUAGUGGAGGUUUGGCACAGGGACUCCACCAGCAGGGACCAGCUGAUAGGAAGAGCCUCCAUCCAGCUGUCUCACCUGCUGAGCUCUGAGAGGAGCAAGUUACUGGCAUCAACGGGGGAGCAGAGCUGGAGACAGACUCACCAGGACCGGAUCCCCGUGGUCAAAACACAUCGUCCCAGUGAAAAGGUGGCAGAGUUAAGCUAUGUGGCAACUCUGGAGGAUCUGGGAUUGGUUAAAGCCAGAGAAGUCAUUGUGUCCGACUCUUCACAGAACGAACCUGCGGUCCCCACACAGCCAUCCUCCCACCCUGCAGCACCCAGACCUGCUGCUCCUGGCCUGAACCCUGCCCCGCUGGGCCCUACAGCUCCAACCGCCCCCAGAGACACCCUGGAGUACCGCACGGCCCUGGAGCUAGAGCUGUGGAAGGAGGAGCAGGAAGACCUUUUUGAUGAUCAGUUGAGGAAGAAGGAGUUGAGCCACAUGCAGGCUCUGGCAGAGGAGUGGAAGAGAAGAGACAGAGAAAGAGAAGCUCUGGUUAAAAAGAAGGAGGUGGAAUAUAACGUUUUGGAGGAGCAGCUUCAGAAGACUCUGUCUGAUCUGGAGAAAAGGGAAAAACACCUAGUGGAGGCUGAGCUGGAGACUCAGAGACUACAGAGGGAGCUGCGGGCCGAGCAUGAUCUGACCCAGAGGGAGCUGCAGGAGAGCAGCAGGAGGCUGCAGCAGGAGUCUGACCACCGGAUGGCGCUGGAUAGAGACAAGGUCCGACUGAUGGAAGAAGAGAGAGCCCGACUGCUGCAGCAGAUUGCAGACGGGGAGUCUCGGUACAAGCAGCUGGAGAAAGAGUUCCAGCUCUACAGAGAACAACAGAACAUCAGACCUGAGUUCAGACUGCAGUCAGAGAUAAACCUACUGACUCUAGAGAAGGUGGAGUUGGAGAGGAAGCUGGAGUCCACCACCAAGUCUAAGCUGCACUACAAGCAACAGUGGGGGCGCGCCUUAAAAGAGCUGGCCAGGUUCAAACAGCGGGAGCAGGAAAAUGCUAUGACGCGUCUGAAGAAGCAGCAGGCGGAGCUUGAGGCCAUGAGGCUGCGUUACCUAGCAACAGAGCAGAAAGAAGCAGUCCAACAGGACAGACAGGAGCUGGACAACAUCAGGAACGAACUUCGCAGAUUAAAGCAGCAGGAGGACAGAUUAGGCCCCGCCCACCCUCAAAGCGUGAAUGAGAGCGCUGACGAACACCUGAGCCGCCUGUUAGAGGAGAGAGACACUCUGCUGAGGACCGGAGUUUACACCCACGAAGACCGAAUCAUCGCUGAGCUCAACAGACAGAUACAGGACGCCAUGAGCGGCCGAGGGCAUCUCUGACAGCUGCUGGAACCGGCCAAUCAGAGACAAGAGUCUCACCUGGGACUGCAGGUAAACCAGCUGUUAGCACGGGAGCUCUGAGGCGGUUUACACUUCUGUUUCAGGUUAUUAUUCACCCACUGUGGUUGCCUUCACACACAAAUGCCCAGCGGCACAUUUUUAUUUACAUCUAGAGGAGAAUUAUUACAUUAGCAGA